UGUUAAUUUAUUUGGUUUCUUUGCUUGUAAACACCUCUUUGUUCUGCGAGUGAGUGCUGUCGUGCGCGGCCGCUCAGCCGUUUACUUAGCUGAUAGAACUAAAACAAAACGCGCUGGAUAUGCCUUACCACGAAAGACAAGAUCGAGACUGUUCAUAGAACGACGCUGGCCCUCACAAACAACCUGAGCUGAUCGGGCCGCACAAGUGAAAAACUUCUCGCGACUCAAGAAGACCCCCUUGAAAGCAAGCAACGUCUUUGGCGCUGCAACAAGGAACGACCUUCGCCCAGUCCGAGGAUAACACUCUAUGCGCGCUAAACUCGGACCAUGGGCGAGCAGGAACUCGGAGAGGUGGCCGUGGGCACGCGCGUCUCCUGUGACGGUCACUACGGCGUUGUGCGCUACUGUGGACCCGUGGUGGACACGAAGGGUACAUGGCUGGGCAUUGAGUGGGACGACCCAUAUCGUGGCAAGCACAAUGGCUGUCACAAGGACGUCCAGUACUUCAUCACGAGGUCAGAGACAGGUGGUUCAUUCAUUCGCCCACAGAAGGUAGAGAAGACGCUGAGCAUCGCGGAUGCCGUGCGCAAUAAGUACUUCUCGUCCCUGUCCGACCUCGAGGCACCCUGCCUGAGCGAGGACAAGGACGUGCUGCUCCUGGAGUUACGGCCCAAACGAACGGUUCAGUUUGUUGGGCCUGAGAAGAUCACCGCCAUACUCAGCCGUGGCGAGACAAUCCGCGAGGUGACCCUGGCGAGCAUUCCUAUCGACCGGCCUGGCAAUGAGGGCGAGCUGGCGAGCCUGGUGCCAAAGUUGCAGAGCCUGGUGCUCACACACACCCUGUUGUCGUCGUGGGAACAGGUGGCACAGAUCACCCGUCAGCUGCCGCAUUUGUCGGCGCUGCACCUCAGCAAGAAUAUACUGGAAAUACCGAAGGAUCCUGCUGCGCUUCGGGACAGCUUCCGGUCUAUUCGGCAGAUGGUCCUUCGAGGUGUGGGCUACAGCUGGGACCAAGCCCUACAGUGUGCAGAGAUGUGGCCCUGGGUCGAGGACCUGGUUCUGUCGCUAAACGGCAUCAGCGUCCUGCGGCAGCCGCCCGACACGCUAUUUCAACAGCUGGAGUGCCUGUCCCUACAGGACAACCCCAUUUCCUCGUGGGAGACCGUCUGCCACUUGGGACACUUGCCGAGGUUAAAAAGUCUGUCGCUGGCUGACUGUGAUUUGACAAGCGUCUCGUUCCCAGAGACACCGCCAGGCCAGAAAACCCCGUUGUUUGUUCACCUGGUGACUCUGAACCUUCACAACAACCGUCUCGAAGAGUGGGUCAGCAUAGCGGAGCUGAACAAGCUGGCCUCUCUGGAGGAUCUGAUUGUGAAGGGGAACCCUGUAACGGUCCGCGAGAAGAGGCACAUCACUCGCUGCCUCAUAGUGUCUCACCUGGGAAAGCUGCAGCUUCUUGACCGGAUGGCGGUCACGAGAGAUGAAAGGCGCGAAGCUGGCAUCUUCUAUGUAAACCGCUUCUUUCCGCUGUGGGUCCAGUGUGGUGGAACAGCAGAAGGGGGAACACCUUCUCCAGAGUUCGUCCGUGAACAUCCUAGGUUCCUCAGUCUUCUCAAAACCUAUGGUGCACCGGAAACUGUGCCGGAUGGCAAGAUGCCUUCGUUAAACAAGAAGGUAAUAACCAUUGAAAUUCAUGCUCCGCAAGAACCAGACCGGGGACCGAUUAGGAAGCGCCUACCAUUGUCCAUGUCGGUGGAGAAGUUGAAAGCCCUGGUGACGCAGCUGUUUCCCCGGAAAGGGAGCCGCUUCUGUCUUUCGCUCGCAAGUCAUGAGGAAGGAAAGGAGUCUGUGCUGGACAAGGAGCGCCUUGACCUCAGCUUCUACGACAUCACCGAUGGCAGUCGCAUUUAUGUGCGCUGGUAGGGCACACAGCGCACCGAGUGUGAAACGUUUUUGAGUAAGGUGUUGUGAUGGCCUGAAGGAGUAAACUUCCCUGCUGUGCUCGUGUCAGGUCAUUUACCCUGGUGUGCAUCCGUCUCAACGCUGCACCGCAUUCGACUUGGCAGAGCGAUCUACCGCCGCCGUGUAAGCCGUGAAGUCCAGUGGUUGUCAAGAGAUCAUCUGCCAUUUUAUCUUGCUGCAGCGAAAACAUUUGCUAUAUGUGUAUGUGUGCAGCAUCACGAGAGAUAUUUGAAUAGAACAAAUCUUACUAUACUUUUUCUUUUUCGUUUAAUUAUCAACCUGUUUGUUUGUGUGACAUUUAUUUUAAGCUCAGACCUUCUGUGAAGGUCUGCUGCGCCAGAUUUUAUUCGUGUAUCAGUACUGCAUAACAGCUUCCGGUAAAGAAGCAUACCAAAAGCAGUAAGGUGCGUGGCCACGCCACCAUCCCUUGCACAUGUUUUGAGGGUGAUGGCAAUCGCCGCUGUGAGUGCACCAUGUCACCUUGACAGAAAACCGCACAAUCAUCCAAUUUUUAAAGUUUCCCCAGCAAGAACAGUUCUAUUUUCAACAUUAUUGCUUAAAUACUCACCUCUAAUUUAUGACUUCUUUUAUUUUUUCAAAUAUGAACUGGCCCACGUGAGAACAUUCUCAGAUAUACACUACUAUAAUGUGGGAGUCAAUUGUUCAGCUGCAUGCUUUUGGGUGACGUGUGGGGCGACGUGUUAACUGUACUUUGUAGAAAACUGCUGCCUGCCUGAAGUCGCAGCAUUUGUUACUGUGGUGUGACGCAUUUUAUUUUUUGUAUAACUGUUCAGACUGUACCAAAGUUUCAGAUGGGCCUUGUUCAGUUAUUGCACUGAUAUUUGUGCAGGCAUUUAUAUAGCUUCCCCGCAUUCUGUAGAAACUUAGUGAGCAUUUGUAGGGGCAACUUUGUUAUACUCCUCAAGUUGCUUUAUGAUUGGCUCUUUAGCUGAAUUUAAUCAAUAUGCUUUUUGCCUCUUCGUGCGCCUGCUUUUCAGGCUUUGUUUUUAAGUUGUUUGAAGUACGGUUUACUUUUACAGUGUACCCUAAGGCCGAGUGAGGACAUGUAGUUUGCGGUGAGUGCAGUGCAAUCAAGUUUACUUGACUGCCAAGCAAAGCACGCCCCUGCACUAGUGCCAUUUUCAAGUGCAACAAUGUUGCCCGAGCCGCUUGUAGCUGUUGCAGUGGCAACGUUAGUUUCUAAGCGUAGAAUGUGUAGUUCCCACCCUUAUAUGCUGCAUCGAGUAGGCAGAGUCUAUGCACACUGCACAUACUUGGCCUGCGCAGCUGUUGCCACAAAUGAAAAACCUGUUAUGAAAUUCAAGCAGUUUUAAUUUGUCAAGCCCAGCUGUAAACUUCGGCAUGAGCAUAGGGAGUACUUGCACCCCACUAGCUGAAUUUCACGUGAACUAAGGAAGAAUAUCACGUCCUGAUGUCAUACCAUCACUGUACAAUUUGAGUAAAAUGCAAGUUUCUGCUUGCCAUAUUACAUCAGUACUCUUCGAUUUGCCUGCACCACCUGAACCAGUUCACAAAGUGCUGCACCUUGCCAUAUGUUUCAGCGAUGCAGCACUAGUGAACUCUGAACCAUGUGGUUCAUUUAAAAACCUGCAGUGCUGGUCGAUUUUUCUGCACCCCCUAUGCUGAUGGUGCCAGCUUGGUCGUGUGUGUGCACUAGCAGCUGAGCAGAUGACUCAAAAUCCAGGCAUAGACGCCUUAACCACAUUUACUCGUGGUGUCUUUUUUUCAAGAUGUUUGCGCCUUAUAAGCUGUCUGCAUAUGCUGUUUCCCACUUGUGAAUGUUAGGUGGAAGACGUAUAUCAAGCGGGCCACUGCGUCGGCACCUUCCUCAUUUGUUUCUGGUGUUGCACUGUGUCCUGCACCACCGAACUUGCUCCGCCCAUUUUCCGAACUUCUCGAUCACUGCUGUUAAUUGGUUCUGAUUGCUGUAGGCAAAUCGAACAUACCCAUAAGUACAGCUGUUUCACCAGUAUUGGAGGUUCGCCCGUGUCGCUGGAACCCCAGUAACCUAAACCUUGUCACUAUGAGGUUUUUGACCUUACUGCCAGGGCAAGGGUCAGCAGCAACAUGCUACUCUACUAGUGGAGUCACUCGUGUCAUUUAUAUAAGGGUCACGUGACCCGAAGCUGUUGUGGUGCUAAUCAAACCCUUCCUGGGUGUCACGCAAUGUGCGACAGUUUAGAACGGCACACAUCAUAGCCAUGCGAAUGGCCAGGUUUCAUUCUGGCAGGCCGUGUGGUGGAAACGGUUAAUUUACUUCAACAAAAACGCACAGAAAACUUAUCAAAACGCACAGUUGUUGCUCGGGAGUUGUAACAAACAUUGAUAUAUCAUGGCGUGUGCCACAUUUAGCAAAUAUUUUUGAUGCUCUGCAGUGGAAGGGGUAUAUAGUGUGCUACACGUGCUCUAGGUGAACUAUCUAAUGCAUUAAAAUACUCGGCAGUUGCCCAUCAGCAGAGAGAAAUACGUAUGUGCCUGCUCUUCGAAUGCUUAUCUUUUUUACAGAUUUUAAAAAGCACCAAAUCUAGCUAAAGAUAAUUUUGUCGCAAGUGUAAGGCCAACUUGCAUAGAAUUCUUUCGAGACUGCUGUAAAUAACUGAAAUAAACACGUUCAUAUUGAACAAUUUCGGGCU